UGCCGCGCCUUUGAGUCCAGUUUCCUAUCGUUGGAGCGCGUGGACUAAUUGGCGACUUAUAUGAAACGGGGGAACACUUUUUGGUGAACCUUAGUGUCUAGUUUGGUGCAGAGUAGGGGAAACGUUAUAGUGCGUUUUCCUUUCAGUUCGACGAUUUAUGAUAAAAAUAAAUUGAGAGUGUAUAAAAAAAAAAAACAAAUCUUGAGUGCGAGUGCGAAGGAGUUGCGAAGAGUUGAAAAGCCAAGAAGAACUGUGAUUCCCGCGCGUGAGUGAAUACGCAAGUGAGUGAUUUUCACUGAAAAUAGCAACAAACAUCAACGGCAACAGCAACAUCAACAGCAGAAGAAGAAAAACAGACAACAACAUGUGUCAAGAUCGAGUAAUUAAGCUGCUAAUAUUCGGCUUUAUCGCCGGCCUACUGCUUCAAGAAUCUUCCCCGCAUCCGGCCAGCAGUAGCCUCUCGAAGGAACGGCGAGGUGGCACAACGGAAGAAGAAGACUACGAAUACGAUGACGAGGAGGAACCGUCGAAGGAGCAUGGCGAUAACGACGUCAAUGGGGGCGGCGGGCUGACGACGAUGCUGCUGACCAAGAACCACACCAUCGAAACGGAGAUGAACAGUACGGUUACGCUGCCCUGCCGGGUGACCAAUCUGCAAGAAAAUACCAUCAUCAUGUGGCACAACACUUCCACCCUGCUGUACGUCCGCGGUACGAAACAUUCCAAGGAUCCACGACUAUCACUGGGCAGUGAUAAUGCCCUCACGAUCCAGGAAGUCCAAGCCGAUGACGACUCCAUCUACAAGUGUACCGUCUUCCCGGUGUCAAAGUCCGCCUACCUCACCCUAAAAGUCCGAGGCCCUCCCUACAACGUGAUGAUCACGCAUGGCAACAACGAUUACACCAACCGAAACUUGGAAAUCCAGCAGCAUGAUCGCAAGUUUAUCAUUCACUGUCACGCGUCGGGUUUCCCCACGCCAUCGAUCACGUGGUCCUUCCGGGGAACACAUCUGGACGAAAACCACGCCAAGAAAACGGGAAUCACCGUUCGGAAGGAGUUUCUGGAAAUCAGCGACGUCAAAGCCCACCAUUCCGGAAAUUACGAAUGCUUGGCCCAGAAUGGUAUCGGAGAACCCGUGAAUGCCGUCGUGAACGUGCAGAUCAAAUCCAAAGUAGUACUGCUUGGACCCACAGGAGACGAUUCUAGUACUGCGCCCCCGGAUGACAAACAAGCAAGCCCCUCGAUCGCCAAACACAUCGACUACCUGAACACGGCCAUCGGAGACAGUGCCGAGCUGGUGUGUCUGUACCACAGCAACCCGACGGCUCUGAAGAUCGAAUGGUUCCGUGGAGCCGAGCCGCUGCACGACAGUGCCAAGUUCGGCAUUAUCCGAGACCGCCACAAUCACCAUCUGCGGACGCGGCUAACGGUGCGUGACGUCGAGCAGAAGGAUCUGGUUACCUACGUGUGCAAGAUUGAGAAUGCCCUCGGAGAGGCGUCGGCCAAGACGACGCUGGGAUUGCUCCCGGGAGCUGCCCACCUGGCCAACUUCAGCUACUCCGAUGGACUGCUGCACACCAUCUGGAGGGUACGAAGCGUUCAGCCUCUGUCCGAUCUGCAGAUCCUGUACAAGGGUGAAAAUACAAAGUACACUACCAUCGAUGCUACCAUCUCGGAGCAAAACAAGGAAGACAAUGGAGAGUUUUGGAACAUCAAACGCUCGAUCCGACUGCCGGAGGGUGAAUGGUUCAUCACUGCCCGUGCCAAAAACACCGAAGGGUGGGCCUACACGGAAACCGUUCCACUGCAGUUCCAGAUUCCCGGUGAAGUAUCGCUGGAAAACCGACACGAGGGAGGCAGCUCCGCGUCCACCCGGCUUCAGUCGGCCAGUUUAGGUUUAUGUUUGGUGCUAUUCUCCCUGCUUAGAAGGCUAUUCUAAAAAUAAAAUCGAUCCAAAAACCACUUUUCAUUUCCCAACUGGAAUUCAAUGCCGAGAUUUACCCACAAAAGAGUACAUUUGUUUGAACUGAAGAUCUGCUAAGUGGUAACGAUGCACUUUCCUUGAAAUGGCAAUCAAUUGCGGGCUAAAGGACGAUGCAUUGUGUAUAAAGUGUAGCUAAGCCAGCGUAAAAUGUGGAAAUGCCUUCUAACGUUUUGCACCAAAAAAUACACCCAACCCAAGCGCAGUAGAAAAGAAAAAUUGAAUGUAUUAACGUUACCUUUAGACCGAUUUAAAAUCGUCCACGCCUUCACCUAUAAUAGUGCGUGCGGGAAAUAAAAAGGUGCAGCUUUUAAAAUUCCGAACCAAUUGCAAAGAAGAAAAAAAAAAAAUGCGAAACAAAUCUUUCAUGUAUUGUAACUGUAGUUGAAAAACAAAGAACGCUAAAACACAAUAUCAGCGCAGAAAGAACCAAAUAAAAACGCUUAAGGAUUAAUUUGUAUGUUAAAGAGUUCUUAAACAUUGUUAUAAUUUAGUAUCUCUUCGUUUUGUUCAUUAUCAUCCUUAAGUUUCGUUUCCCCUCCUUUAAUCAUACCUUCACUAGGGCUAGAAUUAGUCAACCACUCCCCCUGUCCCUUCGUUGUAUAUUUGAACCACUGCUUAAUGAUGUAUCCAAUAUAGGUUCGUAAAACAAUUUCCAACUUUGUGUAAAAAUUAAAUGAAACAAGUGAAAUCUAGUAUGUACUUUAUAGUAAGAGAAAUCGUACUAAUGUUAGUCCUAAUAAAACGGUGAAAACCUAUCAAUAGAAACUAUACUUAAACGUGUAAGAUCUAAUUCAAAACAAAGUUCUACUAGCCAUGCACACACAUACAGACACACGAAUACAAGCACUAAAAAAAUGAAAUUAUUGUUUUAGGGUAGCUAGCAGAAUAAUUGUUAAUUAAAACGAAAGCAAAGUGCAGUGUUUAUGCCACCGUAUUUUAGCAAGUUACAGACAGACAAACAAACAAACAAACAAACACGCAACGAGGGACGCGCGAGCGUUGCGUUAUAGGCCAUAUUUAUAUUUAUUACCAUUUACCGCAUAAUAGUGUAAUAAUCUCACUAGAAAAUAUAUCUCUCUUUCCAACAGUUCGAUUCUAUCCGUACAUAUAUGCGAAUCCCUAGAACAAACCAAUAAGAUACGGUUGGCUAUGAUCGGAGAAAGAAACUGGCUUUUGAAUUGGCAAAAUAGGUUACACUUGUAAGGAAAAUGAAAUGAAGUCAGGGGAGAAAAGAAUGUGCUGAAAAAGUAAAAUUGAAAAUAAAUAAAGAAAA